AGCGAGACAGAGGGCUGGACUGACUGGAACACAACGGGAGUUUGUGCUCUGCUGAGUUUUGUCCAUGAGAGUGAGACAGUCAGUCUAGACGCUCUUGACAGCCUCGUCUGGAGGAGAGACACUUCCCUCUGCGGCUCUGUCCCCAUCACGACGAUACAUUACGAGCUUCUCCUAAGAUGAAACUCGGCACUCCUGAAGAAGGAUGACACCCCUGGCACAUCGGAUAGGACGGUGCCUGUGGGCAUCUGUGUCACUCACAUGCCAAGCCUGAAAAGUGGAAAGAAAGACAGUUCUAGCAGACACGUUGAACACUUCCAAGCUCUAGAGUGAAACUUUGCACAGUUGGCCAUGGCUGCAUUUCCAUGGCUUGGAGGAUAGUAUCCCUCAUUUAGUAAGCAUUUAUACCACAGUGAGUUUUUUUAACUGAUCAUUUAGCAAAUCCAGCACUUCCUUGCCCAGAGGGUUUAUAGAGUAUCUGUCACACACAAGCUGAACCGGAGGAUCCCAAAUGGAGGUCACACAGCAACACUCUUUCUACCAGACUGGUUAAAGCUGCAGUCGAAAGCAUUACUGCAAGGGCAGUAUGCAGGCAGCUGACUACCCAGCCACAAAUAAUAACACAGAGUGCAAGUUCCACUGCACCAAUGGCAGAUGUCUGAAACUUCUCUCGCUGAUUUGCAAUCAUCUGAAUGAAUGUGGAGACAACAGUGAUGAGGAACACUGUCCUGCUUCUGUACCUCCACCUCCAGACACCAUCCAGUCUGAACUGGAGUUUGUUCAGAUAAUAAUCAUAAUUGUGGUGAUGACUGUAAUGGUAGUUGUGAUCAUCUGUUUGCUGAACCACUAUCGGCUGUCGGCCUGGGCCUUCCUCACACGCCACAGCCAAGCCCGUCAACGAGAGGAGGGCAUGCAGCCGGACGCCUGUGCAUGGCCAACAGAUAGUUUGGUGACACAACAAGGAGCCACUGAGGUGAUGUAUGGGCCACGGAACGGAGAGCGCUUCAACUCACCUUCAUUUAUGCAAAGGGACCGAUUCAGCCGCUUCCAGCCCACCUACCCAUACCUGCAGCAGGACAUCCACUUGCCGCCCACCAUCUGCCUGUCAGACGGUGAGGAGCUGCCGCCCUACAAGGGCCCCUGUACUCUGCAGCUCAGAGACCCCGAGCAACAGCUCGAGCUGAGCCGUGCGUCCGUGCGUGCCCCCCCGAACCGGACCAUUUUCGACAGCGACCUGAUAGAUGUUUACGUGCACGGAGGCGGCCCACGGCCCCCCAGCAGCAACUCUGGCAAGAGUGCCUCGAACUUGCACAUGGAGGGGCCACCGCCCACCUAUAGCGAGGUGAUGGGUCAGACGCACCCAGGCUCCGCCUCCUUCCUGCACCAGCACAGCAAUAACACACCACCCUCCAACCAGAGGACAGCCAGCGGCUCCGCCCAGCCUGGCGCAAGCACAACCCUGUUAACCAAGGUUAAGGAUAGCCGGCGUGACAAACCCAUGUGACUAGGACACACCUGCAGAGGGCAGUAGAGAGCGCAUGUGCUCUUAGGUACUUCCUCCUGGACCUAAAGGGGACCUAAACACUCCCCUUGCACAAUUUAAAUCAAAAAUUGAGGAACCAAGCUUACAAAGUUAAUUUUUUUUUUUGGCUAGAACUUUGGGGCCUUGUAUGGAUGUUUGGGCUCCUCGACUAAAUCUCUUUGUUUGUUUAUGCUUUCCUGUAUUUAAAGAACACGUGUGUUGGCACAGAUUGUUUGCGUGAGAGACCACAUAGGUCAUAGGAUUGAGACAUUUUCUAUUUGUUUGUGCAUUUCCAGGACUCAUGCACAAAACACUGUUCACAACCAAUCAAAAUCCAAAAUGAGUGCCAUGAAAAAAUCUUAAAUCUUGGGGAUGUGACUCACAACAACAACAAAAUGUCUUUAUGUUGCACUUAUUCUUUCAAGAGUAGAAACGCCUACCCUUAGUUACUUUACAUACGUCAAUCCACAUGGUUCCUGGGAUUUUUCUCUUCCUUUUUUACAUUUCGCGUUUCCUGAAAUGGAGAUGUAGAACUCUGAUCCAGCCUAAAAUCUCCACGCCUGAACUGCAUCAUGGCACUUAUUAAAAAGGAAAAAAAAAAGAAAAAAGAGGGGGUUUAACGAGCUGUUCAAAUUCCAGAUCACUUUUUUCCACCAACCAGUUGAGAGAUAUUGGCAUGGAUAUCUGCGGAUGGAAGUCACGACACACACGCCACUUUCAUCCUGUCGAGUAGCACUUUAAACUUGCGUCACUUCUGCAUUGUCAUGGGGUCCAAGUGCAAGGGAAUCAUGGGAACUGUAGUCUUAUGCACAUCAUGUCCCCUUCUGAGCGAGUGUGUCAUAUCUCAUACAGUUUAUUUUCCACUUAAAAAAGCAUGCGUAUAGUUUUGUUUCCAGUUAUCCAUACUAUACUUUAGUUCACGAUCAUAUAUGGAUCUCAUAUUUUAUCUUUUACUCUCCUCUCCUGGAAUGCCGUUUUAUUCCGAGGCAGCACAGGAACACACUUUUGUCUCCUUAUUUGUCAUCAGUAUUUAUAUCAUUUGUACCAAUCGUGAUGAGGUACAUCCCCCUUUUUCUUUCUUCAUUUUAAGUCGUAUUCAAUCACACGGCACACUUUAAAAAUGCUUGCUCUGUUAAAUCACACCUGAACUUUGUAAACCAUCGUUCUUUGGCCUUCCCUUUAGAAAGUCCCAUAGAAAAAAAACUAUUUAUCAACUAGUUAUUUAUUAAAGUGACCAGUUUAAGAGAAUACUUAGUCAAAUUGGACUAAAAAAGCGCCACUUUAUAUGAGCUUUUCUGCCCUUGAAUAGCAACACUCUCCUGUCGCCGUCCGCUUCAGCUCUGAAACCUUGGCUUCCCAUCAUUGGCUCUGCUUCCCGUCACUCAUUCUGACCGCGCAGUUUGAGUUCGUACUGUAUUGCUGCUGCUGCUACGCGCUGCUACCGCUACUGCUGCUGCUGUUGUCCCUUCGCUAGUAGGCCUAUGUCCGCUUCCCUAUUACUUUAUAUUUGUGUACCAACCGAGACAUAGAUGUUCGUUCUAUGUUUUGGUCUUUCGUUAACAUAAGUGCGUUUUCGCCAUCAUUGUCUUGCUAGGAAAACAAACCCUAAUGUUUUUUUUUAAAUAUAUAUAUAUAUAUAUAUAUAUAUAUAUAUAUAUAUAUAUAUAUAUAUAUAUAUAUAUAUAUGUUUGCAGCCGAGAGGUUUGCAUGUUACUAUUUACAUGAGCAAAUUCGGUGCCUAACAGUCAUGUUUAAGCAGACAUAGAAACCCACUUGCACUCAAAAGUCCCCACCUUUGUUGUGCCUCACUUCCUAUGGUGCUUCUUUCAGUAGUCGGACUCUGUUUAUUUGUACGGUGCUGUAUAUAACUUGAAUAUAUUAUGCACAUAUCCUACCCAAUGGGUAGAAAACCACAAGAAAGCAUUGUUAAUACUGUAAUAUAAUGUAUAGAUAAUAUUAAAAAGAAAACUUUAA